UUAAUGUCAAGGCACAAAAGUGGCGCUGCAACGUCUCGAGCUCUGCUCCGGUGGUUUCCUUAGUGAUGGAAGGGGAGUCGAAAUUAAACCCUGUUAUGAUAGAAGAGGCAGGAGAGAGGGAGGAGCCAAUGGAUGCCACUCCUUCCCCCCAGCAACAAACCCCGACCACUGCUGAAGAGUCUGGGGAGACUGGUUCCAUGGUAACAGAAGAUGAAGCCACAAAGGAGCAUGGCACAGAGGACGACGACGAUGAUGAUGUGGUUCUUGUCGAGGAGGAAGCUCCUGAGCAUUUUACUGCAACUUCCACCCAAGACAUAACCAGCACAGAAGGCUUGAAGCAAUCUGACACCAUCACUGCUGUCGCCACAGAUGCUGCUGCCAUGGCAACGAUGGCCACAGCAUUGACCCCUAAUUCUCCUCUGUCUUCCAGCCUAUCCAUGGUGGCAGCAUCUCAGAAGCCUGCAACCACAGCACCUGAGCCUAUUGUCAUUGAUGACGAGGAAGAGGCUGAACAUAAAGAAACUUCUUUCUGUCCUGUGCCACUUGGAGCCCUCUCUGCACCCCACUCACCAAGUGCACUGAGCAGCACUGAGGCAGACUCAGAGAUCAGGAUCGCCAGUGUUACCACACUGGGCCCCAGCAGCCAGAAGAACUCACUUUCUGCAUCAAAUACACCAACGCAUUCAGUUGAUGAUCAGGUUGACAUGAACCUGAUGAUCACCUCUGUGACAUCUCUGCAGGGAGGAGUUGCAGAUGUUCUAUCGGCAGGUGAAGACCAUCCAGAGGAAAAUGGUCUGCAGAUCAGCAGUGCCUUUAGCUUGAAUCUCGACACCCCAUCUGCUCGACCAACCACCUCCUUUAACCCAGGUCGUGGCUCAGACUCCAUCAGCCAUCUGGUUCAGAAUGGAGACAUGGGGACGCACAACAGAACAGAUUCAUGGAUCUCUCAGUCCGCUUCAGUUCCCCGCAACCAAAAGCAUACAGGAGUGGACUCUCCAUCACCUGCCACCUCUCUGCCCAAGCCUGCAGGCCAGUCUUCCUCAUCCACUUCCUCUUCGGGCUCCCAGUCACAGCCCAGAACAGUGAAGGUGACGUGUGCUAACUGUAAAAAGCCUCUGAAGAAAGGCCAAACAGCGUACCAGCGUAAAGGCUCCUCACACCUGUUCUGCUCCACUACUUGUCUCUCUGCCUUCUCACACAAACCUGCCCCCAAGAAGAGCUGCACCAUGUGCAAAAAGGACAUCACAAACAUUAAGGGUACAAUUGUGGCCCAGGUUGACUCUAGUGAAUCUUUCCAGGAGUUCUGCACCACUGGUUGUUUAGGUGCAUAUGAGAAUAAGCAAAAUCCUCCCAAAUCAAACCUGAAAACCAAAUGCACUGUCUGUGGCAAGCUUACAGAG